CCCCUACCGUGUGUAGGGGAGAGUUUAAAACCAGUCUUAAGACGCAGGACACUUGUCAGAGGGACAGUGCUUUGCUUUCGCGGACUAGUAGUGGACAGGUGCAAGAACGUUGUUAUUGGAAAAACCCGCGGAGUUUACUUCGUCCCGAACAAGUUAAUUAUAUUGGAUACUUUUGAGAUUCACAAGACAAGAAAAAUGAAGUCUCCAAAGUUGAAGUCUCAAGGCAAAUGUAAGUUAGACCAUCUCAUUUGUUGUUCUUACGACUUCCACUGGACAAUGCAUUGAACACUGAGCAUUGCAUUACGUUAUUGAACCUUUCAGAAAGGGAGCCAUAAAGUUAUGUGAAAUAGUGCAAGUGUGGUUCUUAUUCAACAGCUGUUACAAUGUAACAAUGUUUCAAUGUAACGUGUGUUGCAAAUAUUUUAACGACACAAAAACAUAGACUAUCGAUAGGUUGCAUGGGAUAGGCUAAAUUAAUAGAGAGCAAAUUAAAUAAAAAUAUAUUUUGAAUGAGAAUGGUUGUGGGAUAGGCACACCAGUCCAGUAAAGUAACACAUGCUUCUUCCCUCCGUUAUUUCAGCUAAUUUCCUUGAGGAGGAUGAUCUGUCUGACGUGCUGUGUGAGUUCGACGCGGUGAUCGAGGAUUUCACUUCCCCGGUGGAGAAGAGACACUUCCGGUACGACGAGCACCUGAAGACUGUGAAGAGACGGAGCAGCGCCAGCGUCAGUGACAGUGGCAUCAGUGACUCAGAAAGUAAGUGAACCACACGCACACACACACAUACACACACACACACACACACACACACACAGUUGUCCUAAUAUCGAAAGACAGUGUAGCAAUUGUGCGGUGAUGCCUGAAACAGGGUUUGAACCAACGACCUUGCAGCUACAGGGCAAGCACACUCCUGUGCCAUAAAGGUACAGACCUCCUGACAGAGCCUACAAUUACAUAGCCAACAGGGGGGCAACAGUAGUAGUACAAACACUCUCAAGUAGUGAAAGGAGCUAUCUAUAGCCUAGAUAUGUUACUGUUUGCACUUUGAGGCUCACAAUACCUGCUACUCAGUAUAGUGCCAGACAGAAUUGCCAUUUGUGCUAGAUUAUAUCUUAUCAUGUGUCCCAUAAGUGCUCUUCCCGGUCUGCUGAAGAACUAUAGCAGGCGGACACACACUCCCUGCCACCACUGAUGAUAAGCAUCAAUGUUUGGAAACCUUCAAUUUCUCAGUACUACUGAAUGAGUGGUCUCUCUCUCUCUCUCUCUCUCUCUCUCUCUCUCUCUCUCUCUCUCUCUCUCUCUCUCUCUCUCUCUCUCUCUCUCUCUCUCUCUCUCGCUCUCGCUCUCUCUCCCCCAGAGUGUCUGCCAGCCUCUCCUCAUGUUCAGACUGCCAGUGCUGUUAUUGUUGCCCACACUGGGGUGCAGCUCUCUUUCAGCCAUGCAGCCAUCCAUCAGUCCUUACACACAAUAGCCCUCCCAUGCAUGAGACAGAUCACUCUUCAAUAGAGUACCAUGGAGAGGACAGGACCCACACAGGAAUCCUAGUCCUAAUGUUUUUACACUUGUCUGUAGAUAACAUGUUUAGGUAACUCUUCACAUUAGGUUCCUCUUAAAAUCUGUGUACAGUAGUUAUGCUAUAAUAAUUACAUUAUUACAUACUCUUUUAGUUAUUACUAAAACAGAUAAAUGAAAUAGUAACUCUCUCUGUGAAUGCCGGGCCCCGGUCUUAAACAUGCAAACUGGACACUACCCUUCCUAACUCGUUCUGCAGACGUGGAGUUUGUAGAACACACUACAGAGCACCAUGAUGUUAUCCUUUCACAUCUUCCCUCAGAAACCCCAACCCACUCACUUGUGGUUGGGAAAUUAAAUCAAUGUCCGCUGGGGGAGUGGGAGCAUAUUUCUGUCUGUGUGUAACUGUGUGAGGCUAUCACAUUUGGAUUAGGGCCCGAGGCGUAGCACACACACACACACACACACACACACACACACACACACACACACACACACACACACACACACACACACAAACACCCCGUAUGGUAAUGCACAGCUUGACGUCUGGGAGACUGCAUAGCUGCUUAUGACAAUAAAAUCUAAGAGCGUAUAGGCUACCACAGAGACAAGGCUGAGUUGGAAUAUGGGGGCUUGUGUGCCAAAUAUGCAGCAGUAGCUCAAUCUAAAUCCAAGAUCUCUGGACCUAGAUCAAGGUUUGUGUGUGUGUGUGUGUGUGUGUGCGUACUUGCAUGUGGUGCUGAGAGGUGGAGGUCAGGGGUUACUCUAGGUAUGUGCUGUACAUCAGAGCCACUCUGUCAGGGUCCAGUGGAACUCUUGAGUGAGGAGAGAAAGAGAGAGAGAGGAGACAGGAGAGAGAGCGAGAGAGAGAGAGGAGAGAGAGAAAGAGAGAGAGAUGUUUUGAGGUUUGCACGUUAAGCUGCUUAUGCUGUAGUAGUUAGCCUCAUACUCCUAGUCAGACCUGUCAAGAGGGUUAAUACAAGGAUUAAGUAGCAGACCAGCAGACCUCAAUCUAAGCAGGAGUUGAGAAAGGAGUUCCAUUACCUUUGGAUUGGAGACAGCACAGUGAACUGAAUGCAUUUCUGUUGAAAAUGACCAUAGUAAAACAACUCGUUUUUGGGACAGUCCCUCCAUCUACAGUACCCACCCUGACUUUAUAACAUACUUCAUAGUCGGACAAAAUUGAGCUGUUUAGAAUUGGAAUGAAUUCCACUAUACUGCCCAUUUCUAUAUUUUACUGAGGAGAAACAACAGUUAUCUUACUCUCUCCUUCUCCCACCACCAUUCCUUUCCCGGAAAAAAACAAACGGUGAAACAGACCUGUCGUGUUCUGUGGCCGGUUGAAAUAUCUACUGGCGGAAUCAAUGUGUUCAUUAUGUCACUUAUGCAAUCACACAGUCAACGCUUUGACCAGUUUUACCACUGUGGGGGAAUGCAGGAUGGAGAGUGCUAACGUGUGUGUGUGUGUACUAGACGUGGCAGAGUUAAAUCAAGCACGCACUAUUUAUCACACAGGAGAAAUAUGUCCCUCUCUGAGUUAGGGUUAGGGCUACAUCUCAAUAGUUGAAGAGAGAGCUAGAGAAAGAGAGAAAGAGAGAGAGAGCCCAGCUGUUAAAUAGUGGCAUUUUGUUUUGACUUCCCACCACCCUCUACUAAUUUCCCCUGCCAUGACCCUUUCACACUAACCUCACUGACGUCUGUCAAGUUAUGAGUUAGGGAACUAACAGUCAGUCUGCUAGUGUGUGUGCGUGUGUGUGUGUGCGUACGUGCUUGCGAGCAAGUGUGUGUGUGUGUGUGAACAAAACAUAUGGAUGUGUUAAUAGGCCCUACAGCAGCUUUGGGCAUACAGAAAGGUGAACAGUCUUUUAAUCUCUCUCCCCUCUCUCUCUCUCUCUCUCGCUCUCUCCCCCCUCUCCCCCUCUCUCUCCCUCUCUUUCUCUCUCUCUCUCAGGUGCUGAGUCGCUGAACAGGAACAGCUUCAGUUUCAGUGAUGAGAGACUGAACUCUCCCACCAUCUUCUCUCCCUCUCCCACCUCCCCCCCACCUCUCACAUCACCCAAAGGUGAGCCUCGACACACACACAUGCACGCACACACACUCGCACACACAGAAAUGCACGCAUGCACACACACAACCGUCAACAUUCUCACCUUUACACACACACGUCAUUCUGACUAUAACUUUUCUAUACUGUAUGCAAACAGGAGGCGUUUGUUUAGACAGAAAGAUAGAGGCAGGAUUAAACAUGAUGUGUGUUUUAGGAGAAGUCAAAUGUUAUGAUAGGCAGACCUAUUGCCUUAUGCUUAGAACACUUCAGCUAUCCUCAGCUAUUCCAAUAGGUCACCUAUUAACUAAGUAGCGUUCAAGUGACUCAUUCUUCUUGUUUAGUAUUGUAGUAGGUAUGUGUAUAUUUGUAGUAGAUAAUGCCAUGUAAUGGUCGAUUCACAUAAUACAUGAUACUUGUUAAAAUGAGGUUAUGCAAUUGCAGGUGGACAAUACCGUUCUACUCUGUUCUAUUCUAUUACCUGACCCUCUCGCUAUGUUGUUUACAGCCAAACUGGGAGACACUAAAGAACUGGAAGACUUCAUUGCUGACCUUGACAAGACAUUAGCGAGUAAGUGCUAUUAGCUUACACCAUUCACAGUACACUGUAAAAAGUAACUGCCUAACUCAUUCAAGAAAUUGAGUAGUGGCAACUCAAACAUCUCCAAUAGUCAGUAGAACUCAAAUCAUAAAAGUAGUACUAACUCAGAUGUCAAUAAGAUUUCUUAUCACUUAAUGUUUUUGAGUACUGUUAACAAAUAUUAGGUUAUUGAGAAAAUAUAACUGUAUUUAUUUAUGUUCUGCUAAUCUAGUUAUUGCAUUUUUAGAAGUUAUUGUGAUUUAAUAUUUUAAAGUCAAUAUAAUAUUUAUUAAAAACUGUAAGUUGUUCUUACUUGAUUCUAUUAUGUUUUACGUCUUUACUUAAAAUAAUUAAGUACAUUUACGUCAUGUAGUAGUCAGACACAUUGAUAUUUGAGUAAAAAGUUAUGAAUACUUUUAGUGCCACUUGGCUCUGUUUUUAGAGGAUUUAUGAUACUUGUACACAAUGUUGUAGGCACGUUCAAAGAAAGAAAAUUAUAUUUCUAGUAUAUAGUAUUAAGCAGUUUGUUGUGCUAUGAGGUGUAAUUGAUCAUGAUGAACAGAUAUCAAAACCGUCGGACAAAUUGAUGUUCAAUAAUGAGACAAGUCAUUCCCACCAUUAACAAGGUAAUGUGCACCACUCUCAAUGACAGAGGCUAAUGCAGCAUCCUAUAAUGUUUACAGCUCUAUCUCUAGUUCCUGCUAGAGGAUUGAGCACUGUGCUCAACAAUGCCUGUUAAGGUGGGUUAAAAUGACAAAUCGUCAAAUACAUAAAACAAUGUUAAACAUUAAGACACGACCACUGAAAAUUACUAAUCAGAACUACUUACACUUGAAUUUUUUGUAAUGAAGGUUCAUCAUUUAAGUAAAAGGGACCCUACAUUUUAAUGUUAACUACAACAAAUAUUAAUGUUCAAGUAACUUCAAGCAUUAUAAUUCAGAAUACAUAAUACAAUUGAAGGUCAAAAAGUUCAUAAAACACAAAAAAAUUAAAAAGAUAACAAUAUGGGUGGUGAUGAUGUCACUUUAUUACUUUAAGUAUUGAACACUGAAAUACUUUGAAUUGGUUUUAGGCAACAGGUUUCCACCCAAAAAAUGUGUUAGCAGAACUAAUUACUUUUUUACAGUGUACUCAGUCAGUCUUCUCUAUGCUAACUAUGUUAGCUAUGCUAACCAUAUAGCUACAUGACUGUCACGCCUCUCUGUUUUUCCGAAACAAUAAGCUCUUAGCGUUCAGUUCUAAACACGGUUGGGGUAUGGGGAUGUAUGAGGAUGUAUGAGGAUGUAUGGGGAUGUAUGGGGAUGUAUGGGGAUGUAUGGGGAUGUAUGAGGAUGUAUGGGGAUGUAUGAGGAUGUAUGGAUAGGCCAUGUAAGGCCUCGAGGGAAAGGGAAGAUAUCCCUUUCAGCUGUCACUCAUGUCAUUAUGCCUUGACACACACAAAUGCAUGCACGCGCACACACACACACGCACGCACGCAUACACACACACGCACACAUACACACACACACACACACACACGCAGCAGCCUAUGGCAGCCUAUGUAAGAAUGUAACCCGAGAGAGAGCCUAGUUUAUGUGGCGGGUACAGACCAACAUAGCUCAGUUUAUUUGUUUUGGACCGAUCCUUUACUACAGAAGUCCAGAGUGUUGGAACUUGCAUCAGGGCGGUUACAUUGGAAUGUGCCCGUGUAAAACCUGGGGUGGAAUGGGAACUAUAAAUGUCAGCUUCGGAAUUGGAAUUACCAAUGGAAGUGUUCCGGUGCUUUUCUUAACACUUACUGGACAGAGAAGGCCAGGCGGUUAGAGUACUGAAUGUUCCUCAUUCAAACCAAUGGGACGGUUAGUCAUUCAGUCACAUUAAACAAUGGGAAAGCAAGUCACAUAAAGUAAAGGGACAGUCAGUUAUUUGUCAUUCAGGUUAAGCAGAGCCUGGCAUUUUUAUUAGGGUCUACAGUGUUAAUGAUGGCUGCCCAGUAAAACUGCCCCCUCCUAACUAAGAAUAGUGUUGGACUGCCAAGGAGCCAGAGGCUAUUGCUAAGCACUGUGUGUGAAUCUGUUUGUCCGUCUUUCCUGAGGCACGUAGAGGAGUCUACAGUCCAUUACUAAUCAAACGUCUGUCUGUCUCUCCUUAGGCAUGUGACACGGAGCUGAAGAGAAGUGGCAGAGACCCUUUUUGGAGAGUAGCCAUCGAGAGGAGGGGACACCUUGUCCAGCACCCCAGAACACACACACACCGGGAGGGCUGUGAACAUGGCACAGGAACAGUCACAGUGACCGUCAGACUUGCUGAACAAUUUCAUCUCAAGGCUGUGUCCCAAUAGUAUGAGACAGCUUCAUCUCCUUGUCUCCUUUCCUUCUCCUCAUCUCCUUUCCCUCAUUAUCUGAUCUGAUUGGACUGGACUGGAUAGGUUUUUCUAGGUUUGUACAGUAAGAAUGGGCAAAUCUGAAUUGGCACCUCAUGCUAUAUGGCAUAGGGUGAUAUUUCGUACGAAGACCCAGUUUAAAAGCUAUUAGCAGUCAUGGAAGAGAGGAGACUAGGGGAGGAAAUUAGGAAGGAGACAAGGAAAGGAAGCUUUAUAAAAGUAUUGGGACACUGUUAGACAGACAAACACCAUCUCACAUACAUGGGGCAGUCUGUGCGUCCUUUAUACAAAACUUGAGCUGGAAG